CCCAGCCACCCCACCGGCCUGCAAGGGACCCAGGAGCCUCGGCCAUCAGUCCCACUUGGAUCCGUGGCGUGUGGGGGGCCGCGGGCAGCAGCAUCUCCAUGAGGAGGGGAGGAAGAUGCCAGCUGAGCUGCUGCUGCUGCUGAUUGUUGCCUUUGCCCGCCCAGGCCGCCCUGUGCUCUCCUCCCUGCGCAUGGCUGCGAUCCUGGACGACCAGACGGUGUGUGGCCGUGGGGAACGGCUGGCCCUGGCCCUGGCCCGUGAACAGAUCAACGGGAUCAUCGAGGUGCCGGCCAAGGCCCGGGUGGAGGUGGACAUCUUUGAGCUGCAGCGGGACAGCCAGUACGAGACCACGGACACCAUGUGCCAAAUUCUGCCCAAGGGAGCCGUGUCCGUCCUCGGCCCCUCAUCCAGCCCAGCGUCGGCCUCCACCGUCAGCCACAUCUGUGGGGAGAAGGAGAUCCCCCACGUGAAGGUGGGCCCCGAGGAGACCCCCAGGCUGCAGUAUCUCCGCUUUGCGUCGGUCAGCUUGUACCCCAGCAACGAAGACGUCAGCCUGGCUGUUUCCCGCAUCCUCAAGUCCUUCAACUACCCCUCGGCCAGCCUCAUCUGUGCCAAAGCUGAGUGCCUGCUGAGGUUGGAGGAGCUGGUGCGCGGCUUCCUCAUCUCCAAGGAGACGCUUUCGGUGCGGAUGUUGGACGAGAGCCGGGACCCAACGCCGCUGCUGAAGGAGAUCCGCGACGACAAAGUGUCCACCAUCAUCAUCGACGCCAACGCCUCCAUCUCUCACCUCAUCCUCCGCAAGGCUUCAGAACUGGGGAUGACUUCGGCAUUUUAUAAAUACAUCCUCACCACUAUGGACUUCCCCAUUCUGCACUUGGAGGGCAUCGUGGAGGAUUCAUCCAACAUCCUGGGAUUCUCCAUGUUCAACACAUCUCACCCCUUCUAUCUGGAAUUCGUCCGCAGCCUCAACAUGUCCUGGAGGGAGAACUGCGAGGCCAGCCCCUACCCGGGCCCGGCGCUGUCAGCGGCCCUCAUGUUCGACGCCGUCCACGUGGUGGUGAGCGCCGUGAGGGAGCUGAACCGCAGCCAGGAGAUCGGCGUCAAGCCCCUGGCCUGCACUUCCUCCAACAUCUGGCAGCACGGCACCAGCCUCAUGAACUACCUGCGCAUGGUAGAGUACGACGGGCUGACAGGGAGAGUGGAGUUCAACAGCAAAGGCCAGAGGACAAACUACACGUUAAGGAUCUUGGAGAAGUGUCGGGAGGGGCACCGAGAGAUCGGGGUGUGGUACUCGAACCGAACUCUGGCCAUGAACGCUACCACGCUGGACAUCAACUUGUCACAGACGCUGGCCAACAAGACCCUGGUGGUCACCACCAUCCUGGAGAACCCGUAUGUCAUGCGGCGGCCCAACUUCCAGGCACUGUCGGGCAACGAGCGGUUCGAGGGCUUCUGCGUGGACAUGCUGCGGGAGCUGGCGGAGCUGCUGCGCUUCCGCUUCCGGCUGCGGCUGGUGGAGGACGGGCUCUACGGGGCUCCCGAACCCAACGGCUCCUGGACCGGCAUGGUCGGCGAGCUCAUCAAUCGGAAGGCAGACCUGGCAGUGGCGGCGUUCACCAUCACGGCCGAGCGGGAGAAGGUCAUCGAUUUCUCCAAGCCCUUCAUGACCCUCGGGAUCAGCAUCCUCUACCGGGUGCACAUAGGCCGGAAGCCGGGGUAUUUCUCCUUCCUGGACCCCUUCUCCCCCGCGGUCUGGCUCUUCAUGCUCCUCGCUUACCUGGCCGUCAGCUGCGUCCUCUUCCUCGCUGCCAGGCUGAGCCCCUACGAGUGGUACAACCCCCACCCUUGCCUGCGAGCUCGGCCCCACGUGCUGGAGAACCAGUACACCCUGGGCAACAGCCUGUGGUUCCCCGUGGGCGGCUUCAUGCAGCAGGGCUCCGAGAUCAUGCCGCGGGCCCUGUCCACACGCUGCGUCAGCGGGGUCUGGUGGGCCUUCACCCUAAUCAUCAUCUCCUCGUACACGGCCAACCUGGCCGCCUUCUUGACGGUGCAGCGCAUGGAGGUGCCCGUAGAGUCGGCCGACGACCUGGCUGACCAGACCAACAUAGAGUACGGGACCAUCCAUGCCGGCUCCACCAUGACCUUCUUCCAGAACUCACGGUACCAGACGUACCAGCGCAUGUGGAACUACAUGCAGUCGAAGCAGCCGAGCGUGUUUGUGAAGAGCACAGAGGAGGGCAUCGCCCGGGUCCUCAACUCCCGCUACGCCUUCCUCCUCGAAUCCACCAUGAACGAGUACCACCGGCGCCUCAACUGUAACCUCACCCAGAUCGGGGGCCUGCUGGACACAAAGGGCUACGGCAUAGGCAUGCCCCUGGGCUCCCCGUUCCGGGAUGAGAUCACACUGGCCAUCCUGCAACUGCAGGAGAAUAACCGGCUGGAGAUCCUGAAACGCAAAUGGUGGGAGGGGGGGCGGUGCCCCAAGGAAGAGGACCAUCGGGCCAAAGGGCUGGGCAUGGAGAACAUCGGGGGCAUCUUCGUCGUCCUCAUCUGCGGCCUCAUCAUCGCCGUCUUCGUGGCCGUCAUGGAGUUCGUGUGGUCCACGCGGCGGUCGGCGGAGUCGGAGGAGGUGUCCGUGUGCCAGGAGAUGCUGCAGGAGCUCCGCCAGGCCGUGUCCUGCCGGAAGACGUCGCGGUCCCGCCGCCGCCGCCGGCCCGGGGCCCCGGCCCGCCCCUCCGGCCUCACCCUGCGGGCCGUCCGAGAGCUGCGGCUCAGCAACGGCAAGCUCUACUCGGCCGCCGCCGCCGCCGGGGACCCCGGAGGGACCGGUCCCCAGCGUCUGCUCGACGACCCGGGCCCCCCGGCCGCCCCCCGGCCCGGCGCCUGCACCCACAUCCGCAUCUGCCAGGAGUGCCGCCGCAUCCAGACUCUGCGGGGGCCCGCCGGGGGCACCCGGGGCCUGCCCCCCCCGGCCCCGGCCCCGGAGGAGGGGGUCCACAAAGCGGGGCCGCCCCCCAACUCCGGGCCUCCCGGGCCCCCCGGGCCCCUCUGCGGCCGAGGCCCAGACCGAACCUCGGCUCAGACCGAACCUCGGCUCCUUCUGUGCGUCCCCGGGCCGAUGGCGGCGACGCCGGACUUGCCCCUCCGGGGCACUUAG